AACCCUCGUCCACACAAAAUCAGAAAAAUUGAUGCCGACGAUAUGAUUAAUCGUCACGUUAGCAAAUUGGAGCAUCUCACAGGAUUUGGUUAUGAACGGGGUAGGAAAAUUGAAUGCACGGUGGAAGGCUGCAAGUACAAAUUCAAACGUCAGUACGAUCUAAGCAGGCACUUGAAAAGUAAACAUUCGGAGUGCACUUCACUUGGUGUUUCUGUAAAGAAUAAGGAUUUUAAUAUAACCGUUCAAGAAAGGAUAUUCUAA